GCGAAAGCGGCCGCUGCCUGCCCCGUUGACGUGUCGGGCGAGCGAGGCACGUCGCAAAAGGUCGCGAUGGGACUGCCCUACGGUCUUCGGACCUGGCACUUUACGGUGCUAGGCAGGGCCAAGCUGGGAGAUGUCGGCUGGCUUUGCGAAGCGGGUCCUGGUGACCGGGGGUGCUGGUUUCAUUGCCUCCCAUGUGAUUGUUUCUUUAGUAGAAGAUUAUCCAAACUAUAUGAUCAUUAAUCUAGAUAAGCUGGAUUACUGUGCAAGCUUGAAGAAUCUUGAAACUAUUUCUAACAAACAAAACUACAAAUUUAUACAGGGUGACAUAUGUGAUUCUCACUUUGUGAAACUGCUUUUUGAAACAGAGAAAAUAGAUAUAGUACUACAUUUUGCUGCACAAACACAUGUAGAUCUUUCAUUCGUACGUGCCUUUGAGUUUACCUAUGUUAAUGUUUAUGGCACUCAUGUUUUGGUAAGUGCUGCUCAUGAAGCCAGAGUGGAGAAAUUUAUUUACGUCAGCACAGAUGAAGUGUAUGGAGGCAGUCUUGAUAAGGAAUUUGAUGAAUCUUCACCCAAACAACCUACAAAUCCUUAUGCAUCAUCUAAAGCAGCUGCUGAAUGUUUUGUACAGUCUUAUUGGGAACGAUACAAGUUUCCAGUUGUUAUCACAAGAAGCAGUAAUGUUUAUGGACCACAUCAGUAUCCAGAAAAGGUUAUUCCAAAGUUUAUUUCUUUACUACAACAUAACAGGAAAUGCUGCAUUCACGGAUCAGGGCUUCAAACAAGAAAUUUCCUUUAUGCUACUGAUGUAGUAGAAGCAUUUCUCACUGUCCUCAAAAAGGGGAAACCAGGUGAAAUUUAUAAUAUUGGAACCAAUUUUGAAAUGUCAGUUGUCCAGCUUGCCAAAGAACUAAUACAACUGAUCAAAGAGACCAAUUCAGAGUCUGAAAUGGAAAAUUGGGUUGAUUAUGUUAAUGAUAGACCUACCAAUGACAUGAGAUACCCAAUGAAGUCAGAAAAAAUACAUGGCUUAGGAUGGAGACCUAAAGUGCCUUGGAAAGAAGGAAUAAAGAAAACAAUUGAAUGGUACAGAGAGAAUUUUCACAACUGGAAGAAUGCAGAAAAGGCAUUAGAACCCUUUCCAGUGCAACCACCAUUUACCUAGUCAGGACAGUUUUCAGCGAAAGAAGAAAAUUAUCCUACCUCGACAAGUGAUAUGAAAUCAAGUGACCAAAUGAAGUAUCCUCUUUUCAUAGGGAAUUAGAUUCAUGACUUUUGUAUAAAAUUCAAAUGCAAAAUGCCUCAAUCUUUGGAAUACAUUCGGUAUUGGCACAGGAUUUAAAUAUCAAAAUUCUGUCAGAAACCCUUUGUUGUAGAAAUUAGGAAACAGUAGGCCUAGAAAAACUCUCCCCAGGAGUGGGCCAGGAAGGAGAAAUCCCCUGGUUCUGAGAACAAAGGUUGGCAGUGGCACUGGGCAGAUGGCACCUUCGCUGGCUUUGAACUCAAUCAGCCUCCCAGCCUUUCCCAAUGCCUAGAAAGUCUCUGAAGUUUUCAUUUUUAGGCAAUAUAGGAUGAGUCUUAUGCCUUAAUUCUUUUUUUUAAGGUCUGAUGUGCUAUAAUUGCUUUAAAAAUGGGACAAAAUAGAAGCAUAUCUAGCACUUUUUAACUUUUGAUAAUUUUGUAAAAUUAAGUUCAAUGCUUUUUAAAAGAAGAAUGUAUCAGGUUUUUAUAUUUCCAAAAUAAUUUGUUGACCUACAUGUAACCUCUGUCAGAGAAAUAGUUUUAUCAUGUAUUUACUGUUUAAAAUGAUUUUAUUUAUAAAUUGUCAAUAUCUUAAAGUAUUUAAUGUAGAAUGUGGCUUUUUUUUAGUAAUAAAUGCUUUUAUUUUGCUGUAGAAAAAUUUAAAAACACUUAAUUAUGUAUUUUUAAUCCCUCUUUGCCCUAAAGGCUUUAAGAUGCCUUGAAAAAAUGUAACUGAUCGAAUAUUGGGUGGAGAAAGGAAAAGGAAGCUGGGUGCCACUCUAUUAACAAUGCACAUUUUAAUAUGGAGGCUUCAUAACCCUCCAUUAAAAAGUCUUAAUACACUUUUUAAAUACACUUAAUUCCAGCCUCCCAUGGUAUCUAGGAGUCCCCAAGUCCAUACUGCUUCUCUUCAGUUUUUCUAGGUCCCAAAUCCAUACCUCUUCUCUGAAGUUUCUCAGAUAAUUCCACCUGUCUAGAGGGAAAGAGGGAAAGCAAGUGUGUCAGUUCAGUCUUGCAGGAAGCAGGUGCUGAGACAAAGUAAUGGCUAUAAGGGUGAAAAAGGAAGGAAGCAAAAUUGGGCAGGAUAGUGGUGCUGGCUAAAGCUCUGCAGGCAGAAAGGCAAACCCAUGUGAACAAAUUAUCUAUUUUGAGACUCAGGUUGCUGGCCCUUUUAGGAUGGCAAGGGCCUAGUGGAGUCCACUUGCCACCAAGUAACUGGUAGAUUUCCUUGAAGAAUAGUGCCAUAUUGGGGGCUCAGUAUUUAUCUCUAUUGCCAGCAGGUUGGACAUUGACAGGUAGCAACUAGCUAGAUUGGCCCUGGUAAGUGAGAAUCUAUGUUGUGGGCUCCAAGAGUGGGUUUCAUCUCUGCAGUUGUGCCUAUUCCAUUCAGGCACCCAUCAUGGUAGUUCUGGGGUGGCUCAUGAAGGCUGGCUACACUUAACUGACCAAGUCAUUUUGUCUACUGGAUGGUUCAGUGCUCUUGUGUAGUGGUUGCUUUCUCAUGGGCGUUAACAUGGGAUACACAGAUCUUCUCCCCACCCUCCCCCAUGUGCCCAUCCGCACGCCUCCAACCCUGACUUGUCUGUAUUCCUCUAGUCUUUUUCCUCCCAAGUCCCAAAGUAGCUAACCAGGCCAUUUGCCACUGCCCAUGACUUAAUAUAUAUUCUCCCUCUGGGUCACUUAUGACUGGGUACACUGCUCAAAGCUCUGUCCUCUGAAAGAUUUUCCCUUUCCACGUUCUUUAUAAGGCCACUGCUGCCUGGCUUUAACACAGCCACCAUCCAGUCUUGGCGGCACUCACAUAACAAGCCAACCCAUCUAUAAACUAAAGUAAGCUUUUCCCUCCCCUUUCAGUUAUUUGUAUGGGACCCUCUGUAUGGUCACAGGUGAGAGGGGGACACUGGUAUAACUAAGGUGGUGACUUGGGACUCUGGCCUACUGCUCCUGCAACUUAGCUGUGCCCUCUGAUUCUGCCCAGGCUUGAUCCAAGAUAUAGUAUUCAUCUCAUAAUGGUCUGCUGCUGGGCUCACCUGACUUUGAGUGGGUGGGCACAUUACUUUGCUAGGGCUGCCAUGAUAAAAUAUCACACACUAGGUGGCCUCAGCAGAAAUUUAUUUUCUCACAGUUCUGGAGGCUGAAAGUCUAAAGUCAGGAUUAAGGUAUCAGCAGGGUUUGUUUUUUCUGAGCCCUCUCUCCUUGGCUUACAGAUUGCCAACUUCUCCCUCUGUCCUCACAUGCUCUUCCUUCUGGGCACACAUGUCUGUGUCUGAAUUUCCUCUUUUGAGGACACCAUAAAAAUUAGGGCCUACUUUAGAGAUUUCAUUUUAA